AUGAGAAAUUUUCAUGUUAGAGGAAUCGCUAGUAUCCUGAUUGUCUCUGUUACAGCGUCGACAAUCACUAAGUCUUGCAAGCCACUUCCGGAACAAGUCCUUAAUAAGACAAUCGAGGCUUGUGAUCGAGUUCUUGCCCUUGAUUCAGCCAAGAAAAAGAUUCUUGAUUUUGUAGAGAGUAGAAUGGCUUAUAUAGCACCAAAUGUAUCUGUUAUAGUUGUCAGUGCUGUCGCAGCUAAACUCAUCGAAAUAGCUGGUGGCCUAUCAGCUCUUGCAAACAUGCCUGCUUGUAAUGUUCAGCUUCUGGGAGCCAAGAAAAACAAUCUUGCCGGGUUCUCUACCGCAACGUCGCAGUUUCAUGUUGGUUACAUCCAGCAAACGGAAAUAUUUCAGACUACUCCUGCUUCUUUUAGAAUGCGAGCAUGUCGACUCCUGGCUGCAAAGUGUACACUUGCGGCACGAGUAGAUUCAAUAUGUGGGGAUCCAUCUGGGAAAACUGGACGGUCUCUCAAGGAUGAGAUUGGCAAAAAAAUCGAAAAGUGGCAAGAGCCCCCUCCAACUAAGCAAUCGAAACCACUUCCAAUGCCUGAUUUUCAACCUAAAAAGAAGAGAGGUGGUCAAAGGCUUAGGAAGAUGAAGGGGAGGUAUGCAAUGACGGAUAUGAGGAAGUUAGCAAAUAGGAUGCAGUUUGGAGUUCCUGAAGAGAGCUCUUUAGGGGAUGGUCUGGGUGAGGGUUAUGGAAUGCUUGGUCAGGCUGGCAGUGGCAAGCUUCGUGUGUCGGCUGGUCAAAGUAAACUUGGUGUAAAAGUUACUAAGAAAUUUAAGGAAAAGAACUACGGCAGCAGUGGUGCUACAUCUGGUUUAACCUCAUGUCUUGCAUUUACACCAGCGCAGGGAAUUGAGCUGACAAAUCCGCAGGCUCAUGCACAUCAACUUGCUAGUGGAACUCAAAGCACCUACUUUUCUGAAAUCGGAACAUUUGUAAACAUUCGAAUUUUGUAUCAGUUUGCCGGGUUUGGUUUGACAGGGGUCUAUGAUUUUGAGGCUGAUUGUUUAGGCAAAGAGAUGAAAGAGGAGAGACAGUUAGAUUGCAAUGAUACAUCAGUAGUUGCUUGUGGUUUGUUAUAUGAUGUGAUUGCGACAACUAAAAAUGAGCUUAGCAAGAUGGUUGAGUUGCGAAAAGAAAUGGAAGCAAUUGUUCAAAACAUGAUAGGGGAACUUCAAAUGAAACAAUGUGAUGAUGCUCUAACCUGCUCCAUCACUGAUAUUCAACAAGUUUCUACCUUAUGA